UUGGAUUAUUUUUUUCUUUGUUUCUCACUAUUUAGAUAUUCUUGUUUCGUGUUAUUUUCUUGUUUUUACAUUUGUUGUUUUUCUAUCCAUAGAACGUGUUAUGUUAACAUUAAAAUGAAUCUAGCUGGUGAAUGAGUGUCACUAUAAAUUUCUAUUCUAACGGAUACUAUCAAAAAGAUUUAAAAUAUUUAACGUUUAGUCUUAAAAAGAGGAAAACCCCAUGAAAAACAAAGAACAUAAAUAGUUCCGUAACAUACUUUCACAAUUCGUGAAAUUGCCAAUACAAUAGCCCAUUUUAGUAAUAUAGUAAUAUCAAAAAUAUAAAGACUGAAAAUCUAUAAUGGUGCAUAUAACGUUGAAAUCAAAUCAAAUAUUCACAACAAAUAUAUUAGCAAAAGUAUUUCUUAUUCUGAUGCAUAUACAAAUAAUAUUUACUGGUUCCUCAAGUGCUAUAAAAUGUUUUAAAUGUGCUGUGACAGUUGAAAAAAUCUACUCCUAUUCAAAAAAUGCUACAAUUAUUACACCAAUGUGCUCAAAAUUUGAUGAAUCAGAUGAAUAUAUAGUAGAUUGUCCCUACUCCACGAUGUGUCUUAAAACAAUAUCAACGCUACAUCUACAAAAUGGCCAGCAACAAGAGACAUUUACACGUGGGUGUGCCCCGCAAAAGGAUACAAAACAAGUCUUCAAUAACGGUCGAUGGCAUCAGGAGCAUUCGGUUCAAGAAGUCUACGAAGAAGGCUGCGGUGAUAUUAAAGAAAAUACUAUGGCUGCUUCGUUGAAAACUCUUUGUUACUGCCGAGGAAACUUGUGCAAUUCGUCAAAACAGUUACUACUCAGUACGAAUUCACUGACUGUGAUAGCGUUAUUAAGUGCUUUGCUUUAUUUAUAAAACUAUUAUAACUUAUCAUACAUAUACUAGUGAAUUUGAAAGUGCUUUUAGAUACAAGAGACGUUCAGUUCUAUAUUGUAAAAUUGAUGUAUAUACUGAUGGAACAUUUACUCGAAUUUAAAACGAAAAACUUAUUAUUUAUCUAUUUUUUUAAACUAAAUAUAUGAAACUAUUGUGUUCUUUAGAAAGACUUUUGUAAUUUUUCUCUCCUUUUACAGUUUACUGUAUUAUUAAUUAAAAGUAUUGUGAUAAUAUGUAUGUAUGUAUGUAUAUUCAAAAUGUGCGUGAAUAAAAGAACUUCUAUUUAAACACAUAAAA